AUGUCUGUGGGUGAUACUGAAAGUAACUGGUUUGACCGCCAUGUAAUGGCAGUUUACAGAGACAGUCAACAUGAAUAUAAUCUUCGUUUAGCAGCUGCUGGUUUCCCAUUUUCGAUAGCCCCUAUUCGAUUCAUUCGUUUUAUUUGGAGAUUAUUUGGAUCACUUAAACUAUUUGAGUGGGUUUCUGGAUUUGAUGCUGAAACCUUAAGACAGGCUCGUAAUCCUGGAUUUUAUGAUCCUUGGGACCCUAAUGAAAUAACGCUGCAUAAUCCUGAUUAUUUUGGUUUGUUUAAAGCAAAAUUGGAUUGGACGAUGGUUAGAUGCAUGGAUGUACGCCAUAAAUGGAUAGGAAAUAGAGAUUACAGUGCAAGUGAUCAUGCUUAUUUAAUGGUUAAAGUAACACCGGAUUCAAAGGAGAAAGUUGAAAAUGUUCACGAAAUAUGGAAAACAAGACGUCAACAAUGGCAACCAAAUGGAUCUGCCCCUUAUAGACGUACUGCUAUUGGUGUCUCAGUUCUAUUAUUGGUUGUCAUCCUUCUUGCUAAUUGGAUCAUUUAUUUGUUUACUUUACUUUAA